AUGACGGACGUCUUCACCGGAAAAUACAAGCUAAUCAAAAGCACUGGUUUCGACGAGUUCCUCUCAGAGCUAGGCGUCCGCCCGAUAAAGCGCCAGCUGGCGAAAUCGGCGUCUCCGGAGAUCGAAAUAGAAAGGAGCGGAGAUGCGUGGCAUGUGAAGAGUAAAGCUGGACUGGGAAGUUCCGAGUUUACAUUCAAGCUGGGCGAGGAGUUUGAAGAAACCCGCCAGGAUGAGGCCAAGGUCCGCAGUGUGGUGGUGCAGGACGGCAACAAGUGGACACAAACGCAGACACCGGUGCAUAGCAGCAAGAUUGUGACGAUUGUUCGCGAAUUCAAGGAAGAGCAGAUGACGACUAGUGUGACUGUUGGUUCCGUCACUGCUGUCCGGGUUUUUGAUCGCGUUGUGUAG